GCAGUGGUAUGAGGUCAGGCAAAUGACUGACUGCAUCUGCAGUGGCUGUUCCUUUUAGUUUAGAACAUGUUUGUGUGUUUAUUUUGAGAAUAGAACAGGGGCAAAUAAUUGGGGGAAAUAAAGGAUAUUGGAGGUCCCCUGUGGAAAAUGGGUAAGGUGGUGGGGGAAUGUGUGAUAAAUUAAUUAAGAAGCUGAGGGAAUCUGUGAAGUGUAAAAAUCAACUUUUUAAAGGGAAGUGGAAAUAAUGCAGGGAGUGAAAAGGGCAAAAACAGCAACUGUGAAAGAAGAGAGUGAGUGGAGUAUAGCCUGAAGAAAACGGGACGGGGGAAGAAAGCAGCAGGAGUGUGUGAAUUGCUAUGGUUUUUACCUUUGGUUCUGUAUUUUAUUGAAUUUCUGUGGCACCAGCUAAUGUCAGACUGCUUACUCCUUUCUGUGCUUUGCAUUGUGUGCAAACGUGCGGGAGCUUUUUUGAAAACUGCCAGGUGUGCAGCACAACUGCAGUUGCUUUGACCUCACUGAAUGUUAACAGCAUCUUCCUGUCCUUUGCAGGGCUACAGAGGGUUGGUUGGGAUGCAAGCAGCUCCAUCCUCUGUGCUGGGGGCAAAUUCUUCACUGGCUCAUCAGGCAUUCAGGGAGUAGUUCUUAAAACCUAUUGCAGACCUGCUUUUCUCUCCUAGAUGCUUCCUUUCUUACACCUCCUUCACGUGGGACGUAGUGUAAGAGGCAGGUGACUGAUGCUGUAGCAGUAAUGAGCAAGUUUAAUCACUAUUUUGAGGAUUAGGUAUUAUUUAUUGUUUGUGCAGGUAGGCCUUGAUGGCUGCAGAAACAGUACAUCUAGAACGAAGAAGUAAGGAAGGAACAUCUUGUUCCGCUGAUCAGCCGUUCUCUGAGAAAAGGUGGAAGCUCUGCGGUCCUGUCAUAGGCAAGGCAAAGCAGCGGCACAAUUAAAGUUGUGGAGAAGGAAUUAAGGACAACCAUUUCCCAGACUUGAGUAUGGCUGUGUGUGCAAAUUGGCAGCAGUGAUGGUACACUCUGUAUUAAGAGGUCAAUACACAAAGGAAGGGUUAUGGACUCGUUUUGUACAGUUUUGCAUCGCCUGGAGGGUGGAAUCACAUCUGGUUUGUUUUUCUUUUAUUUUGCUGCUGGGAUUCAAAACUUCACUGGUUUGGCUAGCAGAAUUGGAGUGAAGGAUAAAAAAUAUCUGGUUUUCUAAAUAGAAAGAAAAAAUGGUUUUCUUGGAGUGCUUCCUGUGUCUGUCUUCUCUGAGAUCAGUAAAAUCACCUAGUUUGCUUGGUCUGAGUGAGAGUUAAUUUAGCUGUAUUGUCUGUAACUUAAUAGCCAUGCGAGUUACAGCAGCUGUAACUUAAAAAGCAGAUUUAAGACAUUUUCUAUGUAGCUGUACGCUUAUUAUAAAUAUUAUAUGUUUAUACCUCAUAAUACCAUAUAUUAAUAAUUAAUAGGUAGGUUUCUACUAGGCUCGUCAUAGUAGAGCUGAGGAUGCCUAGCUGCCACCUUCUGUGAAGAAUUGUCCUUAAAGCUGUUGCCCAGCUCAUCUGAUGUUGUUCUCCUGUUACCUCAAAAGGGAUUCCUGCUUCUGUCACGUUGGUGCAGGCAGAGGGGGUUAAGAACAUGGUUAACCUUUUCAUGUGUCUGCCAUCUAGGGAGAGCUUAGGAUCUGUUGUAUUGUAGUCUCUGUUUCAGAGGUGAUUACUCAAGGAAGCUGCUUGGAAUUCAACAGGAGGAGCUAAAUUAGGAAGGAGUGAAUAUAACUUAGUACGUAGGUGGGAGGAGGAAGACCAUCACCUGUCAACCCCCACCCAAGGCAUUCAAAGGCUCAGAGAAACUGUUUGCAACUCAUCACCUAGGGUACUGGUUGUCAACACUUUCAACAUGAAUAACUCAAAACUUUCCAUCAGGAAGUUCUCCUGACAGUAGGCUUCCUCUAAUUACUCAUCUCUCAUGGAUGUCAGCAGUAAUUCAUGGAAACUGCCUGAGUUCUGAGGACUGCAUCUUGAAAAUCACUGGUGUAAGACAGCUUGAUGAUGUCUCUAGUGACAUCAGUGUGAAUUUUAUCAUGUCUCUUCUUCUUCCCUUUCUGUGUCAGACAGGGACUUGGAUCUGAGGGAAGUUACAUUCCCAUGUGGUCACUGUAGUCCUUGUGCUGCAGGGUCAAAGCCAGUGCAGGCUUGUCCAGAGUUGUUGGUGGGACUUCAGCAUCAGCUCACGUCCUUCCCUGUCUGGCAUGUUCUGACCUCUGGAGGUGUCUGACGAGUAUAGAAUUUUGCCAGUUGUUCUUUGCUUGAGUAAGGAGGGAUGAUUUCAUUUGCACUUGUUCCUUCUGGAAAAGUGAGACCAAGUUGAGGACCGAUGUCAGGCUCCCAAUCUUCUUGAUUUCUGGCUGUUUCCGUGGCCACUACAAACAGAAAAAGGACCGUCGCCAAAUAGACCACAGAGUUUGGGGACGUACAGAGUAGGACAGACCGCCUUUUGGGUACUGUGCAUGCUUGAUGGCCUGUUUUUACAAACUACGGCGCAGGGUGUGUAAGUACAUGAAGUUCCAGCCUGUUGACGUUUCCAGAUAAAGUAAGUUGAUAAGCUAUGCCAGCGUUUUUUUGGCUCCCAUGGAAAAAGCAGUGUUGCACAUGACUUGCUUAGUGCAGCUUCUGCCCACCUAUUUAAAGUAGUAUGUGAGCACAGUAGCCCCAGGUAUGUGAUCCGUAAUAACAGUAUCAUAGAAUCAUAGAAUAGUUUGGGUUGGAAGAGACCUUUAAAGGUCAUCUAGUCCAAGCCCCCCGCAAUGAGCAGGGUCAUCUUCAACCAGAUCAGGUUGCUUAACUGACAUCUUCAGCUACAUCAGUUCUUAUUGCUGGAAUUCUUCUGUACAGAUCGGUGUGAAUAACUCCCUGGAUGUGCCUGACUUCUCUUGUGAUAGGUGGCUUGAGAGGAUCAGCAAUGGGAACAUUGUAAAGCUUCAAUCUUGCCAUUUUCUUCUUUUUCCCCUUGUGUGUAAUAAAUAAUUUUUAGAAAAGCAUUUGAGAAGGAUGUGGAAUGACACUGAAAGCCUCCUCUCUUCCAAAAGCACACCCCCCCCCCCCUAUGUAAACAGAAGUAAAUAUUUUUCAUUGCAACUGUCACACUUGGUUUAAGAUCGCGAAGGUGAAAGUCCAUAGUAAAGUUUCUGUGUUACCCAAGUAUGCUUCUUUGACCUUAUGAAAACCAAAUAAACACACUGUAUUGUGGCCUUGGGGACAGGCCAGGAAAAACUCUGUAAAUGGAGCAAUAUCAUCACCUUUCAUUGCAGUGCAGAUGAUUGAAGGAAAAACGUGUGCUGUUAGAGAGGGAAACCCAUUUAGUUUAUUUACUUUCUUUCAGCUCCUAAUUUUCAUCCACAUGUUCUGGGUUUUUCUGGCUGUUAUUUUUCAGCCAGGUGCUCUGAGAGCUUCCUUCUGAAAACCCUAAGUCUGUCUGUGUGGUGGGGAAAAGGCAGACUGUGGGCCAAAUUCUUUCUCCAUCACCUUGGCACAGUUUUCUCAAAGCAAGAGAAAUUGCAUGCGAUUAGCUAAGAAAAGAAUUUGGUCCCAGACGUGUCUGGCUCACACUACCGACAUCUAUUCCCUAGAAAUAAAUUUUAUAGCUAGGUGUGUGAUGGGCCAUACACACAGCUGCUUAGAGCAGAGUUAGGAGCCGAGGUGGCCCGGUGUGAAUGCUUAAGAAAGCCAUGAUGUAGAAAAGCUGUUGUAUAAAAUGAGCACGCUGUCAGAAGUGUGAUGACACGACUGCACUAGCACACAGCCUUUGUACGCAGCCACUGUACACAGCCGCUGUACAAGGGGCUCGUCACGGAGAUCAUUCCCAGCGUAGAUUGCCUGUGUUAGGCUCAACCUACUUUAAACUUCACUGUUGUGUGGCAAAUUUCCUUCUCAGUGAUAUUUGUUACCCCCGAUGUUUCCUGGUAUAAUGUGUGUUGAUGCUUGGAAAGGAGUUUCCGUGUGAUACCUAGGCAUGGCUGCCCCCUCUUGCAGAGUCGUUUUCAAAUCCAGGAGCUGGAAUUGCUGAAGGCAAACUUGGUGUGGCAGGAGCCAGGGAGGCAGCGCCGGAGCGGGGGGAGGGGCGGGAGCUGCUGCUGCCAGCUGACGGUCCAGACAGGCUGCACCGGGCUCAUCCCGCGCUUUCCGGCACUUAAAAGACUAAAUGGCAAGUAAAUGGAGUGUUUGAAGCACUGGGUUUGAUCGCCUAAGAGGAGGGACUCUGCUGAGGAUAACCCACAGGGAAUCUGUUGGGUAUUGCUGUCAUCUCAGACUCUUCCCUGAUAUGGAACAAAGUGAAGGUGAACAGGAGUCCCAGCCAGAGAGUCACGUGGAUAGCAAGAGCAGCGUGAAAUCUUUGCCUGGGGGAGAGGCCCAUGUCAAACUAGAAAUAAAAAAACAUGCGGUUACGGAUGACUACAAACUCUCCAAACGGGUGCUAGGGUUAGGAAUCAAUGGCAAAGUACUGGAGUGUUUCAACAAGGAGACAGGCCAGAAAUGUGCUUUGAAGCUCCUGUAUGACAACCCAAAAGCCCGUCAGGAAGUAGAAUAUCACUGGCGAGCAUCAGGGUGUCCCCACAUUGUCCAUGUCCUGGAUGUUUAUGAGAAUAUACAUCAUGGAAAGAGAUGCCUCCUCAUUGUCAUGGAAUGCAUGGAGGGAGGAGAGCUGUUUAGCAGGAUCCAGGAGAGAGGAGAUCAAGCUUUCACUGAGAGAGAGGCCUCUGAGAUAAUGAGAGACAUCGGAACAGCCAUCCAGUAUCUGCAUUCAAUGAACAUUGCCCAUAGAGACGUCAAGCCUGAAAACUUGCUUUACACAUCUAAAGAGAAGGAUGCUGUACUCAAACUCACAGACUUCGGCUUUGCCAAAGAAACCACUGUACAAAAUGCAUUGCAGACCCCCUGUUACACUCCCUAUUAUGUGGCCCCAGAAGUCCUUGGUCCUGAGAAGUAUGAUAAAUCAUGUGACAUGUGGUCGUUGGGUGUCAUCACAUAUAUUCUCCUGUGUGGGUUCCCUCCAUUCUACUCAAACACCGGUCAAGCCAUUUCUCCGGGGAUGAAGAGAAGAAUUCGGAUGGGGCAAUAUGGGUUUCCCAAUCCAGAAUGGGCUGAAGUAUCAGAGGAAGCCAAGCAACUGAUUCGCCAUUUACUGAAGACUGACCCAACAGAGAGGAUGACAGUUUCUCAAUUUAUGAAUCACCCUUGGAUUAAUAGAUCAAUGGCAGUGCCACCAACACCUCUUCAUACUGCACGGGUCCUGCAAGAGGAUAAAGACCACUGGGAUGAAGUUAAAGAGGAGAUGACCAGCGCUUUGGCUACCAUGAGGGUGGACUAUGAUCAGGUGAAAAUCAAAGACUUGAAAACAUCCAACAACCGCCUCCUGAACAAACGCCGUAAGAAGCAGAAGCAGGCAGGCACCUCUUCGGCAGCCCCAGGGUGCAAUAACCAAUGAGAAGAGAAGGCAAGGACCUGUGGGUGGAGGGUAAAAGUUCAAAGGAACGAUCUAAAAUCACUAUGAUCAACUCAGUCCCUAACACAAAGGCAAUGAGACCGUGAAGAAGCUAUCCUGCAAAGAGGGAGCAGUGUGAAAGAUUACAUUUUUAUAACUUGAAUCAGGGCUUUGCUUUUAAAGGCUAAUGUAUAUGACAUGAUUCUGUUGCAUAUUGCUAGGGAAGGUGCAGUAAUACCAGAAAUGUUAUGGGUUUUUGUUUUGGCUUUAACUGUGUCGGACGGGAGGAGAGAAGAGGCAGUCUCAGCGUACUAAUGCACUGAGGCUUUAAGAGCCAUCUACAAGAGUAACUUCUGCUACCAUUUUAAACUUGGGAAUAGAAAAAUGCCAAGUUUUCUGCUAGGAGGGUUUUAGUAGUUCAAACAUGAGUACUGAGAAAGGAGAAAAAUGUCACUGCUCUUUAUAUGAGUAGCACAGGUGCGGUUCUGUUAUGGAUGCAGCUGGACAACAUGUUAGAACUGUUAAUAUUUCCAAAGUUACCUCCUAUAGUUACAGAAUAUCACUUAAACAGUAAGCAGUUAUUCCUGUUACAGGAAAAAGCAUCCAUACAUUUUCAUUUUCAUGAAGUCUUCACGUAGUCUCAUGUGAGGAUUUGAGUGUGUCAUGGAUUCUCAUUUGAUAACGUGUAAGUUUUCUAAACUGUAAGCAUUAUGUUGUGUCUAUGCCACUGUCAGAUCCCUCUCUUGUAAUGUUUUUAAUUUAAAUGGUACUUUAUGUGAAGAGUUUUAAUAAGGAUUUAAUUAGUUGAAAGUAUCCUGCAGAGGAUAUUGCUGUUCCUCUUGGAUCCACAACCUCUAGGGUGCGCAAAUGGACAUGUAGUUGUAUACAAGAGAUUCCUCUAGAAGAGAGGCUUCUGAAAUUUGGGAAGAAGUAGCAAAUGCAUGUUCUCUGAAUGGACCCUGGUUUCUGCCAGCAUCCCUUCUGGUAAUUAUCUCCAGAUCCUGUGCCUAAGAUGUGCUGAUAAUAGCAGAUUUUGGGGUGCUGGGGUUGGUUUGUUUCCUGGGGUCAGGGAGGGGGAGGAUGCUACUUUAUUUGCAGUGGUUUGUCAGUGUUUCUGGAUCCAAAGAUUUUUGCCACCUAAGGGAGAUUACCUAUAAGUAUAUCCACCCAUUGUUUUUUUCCUAUUCUAAUUCUUGGUUUAUGGGAUCCUAGCCUUGGUUUGCUAAUUUGUUUUACUUUGUGAUCAAAAUAUUUCCUCUCACUGUACUUUGGGUUUGUUUUUUAUUUUUAGUUGAGGUGAAGCAAAUAUUUGUGAAAGUACUAUCAGAGUCUAGGAUGAAAAUCACGUGCUUCCAGUGAUGCAAGCAAAAACUACUUUGUGGUAGGCACACAGAGUACUCGUGUGUUAAUAGGCUCAGAAGAAUGUUAAAAGACAAAAAGGAAAACAAGGCUCCAGAGAGGAUCUGGAUCUUCAAAUCUGACUGUCACAUAGGUCUUGUUACCUCCAACAAAGAUCUGCUCGAGGCUUUGGACCUUGUCUAGGGAGCCCAUCUCCAAAGUGUUGGAUGAGACCUCCCUUCUUUGUGAACUGGUCCUAGGGUUUUAUAAACUGAUUUUAAUAAAUCGUGUUACAGCAUUC